ACACCCCGAUCCCGUCCAUGGGGAAAGGCUGUGACCCCACCCACUCACAGUGGAGACCCCAAGGCAGUGGGCAAAUCCAAUUGUGGCAGUUCCUUUUGGAGCUUUUAUCCGACAGCACGAAUGCCAGUUGUAUAACAUGGGAGGGAACUAACGGAGAGUUCAAACUGGUCGACCCGGAUGAGGUGGCAAGGAGAUGGGGAGAACGCAAAAGCAAACCCAACAUGAACUACGACAAACUGAGCCGAGCUCUCCGAUAUUACUACGACAAAAACAUCAUGACCAAAGUUCAUGGCAAAAGAUACGCCUACAAAUUUGACUUUGCUGGACUGGCUCAGGCAAUGCAGCCCACAGCGGCCGAUCCCAGCGCUUACAAAUACCAACAGGACUUGUUUAUGUCGAGUUAUCACCAUCACAACUCAAAAUUGAACUUUAUGAAUGCCCAUGCGCCCAUCCAGUCGUCUCCGUCUAGUUUCUUCGGUAGCCCAUCCAGUUAUUGGUCGCCGAGUGCUAUUACGUAUCAAGGACUGCCCAAUCACACCAUGUCACACCAUCCAGGCCACGUGUCUUCACACCUUGGCUCAUACUAUUCUUGAGUGUAGGUGCCUGCUUACAUAUUGACUUCCCAAAACUGUUUUUUUCUAUAUAAACUAUAGGGUACACCUGAAACUUUUGGAAGGUUACCACAUGAUGCUCACCACGGCGGUUCUUGACUAUU